AAAAAUACUAAAGCCCAUAUUCUCCGUUUCGAAAACCAAAAAAAUAAAAAUAAAAAUUAUACAAAGUUGGAAUACAUGUUUUUGCUGGAGAAAAAGAUUUUGUCUUUCUUUUUAUUUCUUUUAAGAAAACAUAUAAAAGGUUGAAGACGAACUGAAGUUCCCUUCGUCAGUCCUUUGCUAACAGUAAACCAAAAUGUUUCUCUAAAAGGAGGUCAGUAGAUUUUCUGCUGUUAAAAGAGAAGACACUCGAAAUUUUGAAGCUUCAGUAAGGUAUCUGUUUCUUGAUGUUAAGAUUGUCACCCAGAAAUUCAUUUUCUAGACCCGUUUGAUUAUGUUUUCUCUUAAAAAUUUGAUCUUUCAGUGUUUGAACUUCGGUGCUUUACUUGGGUUUCUGUUUCGGAGGUAGUUUUUGGACUUGUGUGGUGGCAUCCCUUUGGAAAGUUUUGUGCAUGUUACAUGCUUGACAUAAUGUCUCUGUUGGAUUGAACUUCAAUGCUUCUUGGAAUAAUGGCGUACCGAACAAUUAGAAGCCCUUUUAACUAGCUGGUUCUCUUUUCAUCAUUUUCAUUAUUAUGUGAUUCAUAAAGGAGUUGUGAUGUUUUGAUGAUGAACAAUUCAGUUGGGAAAAAAAAGACGGUUUGGUUCCUUGGCUAGCUGCUGAUUAAUUCUUAAAGUAUGCAUCUUCUACGAUACGGAUAUGAUGUGAGUUUCUUGUUAUAAGUUACAGACAAGCCUGUCCAAUUUUAGUUAUGUCUUGUUGAAUAGCAGGACGUCUAGUGGGUGUAGUAUUUGAGUGAACCUUAGAACGAUACUUUGAUUUGGUGCCUCAGUUUUCUUGGGAUUCAUUUUGGAUUGGAGUUUUAGAGCCCCCCUGGGCUUCUCUGAGAAGUGUGGAAAUUGGAGUGCAUACAUUGGAGUUUGAUUCGGUGGCGGGGCUUGUUCUUUGUUAUUUAUUGUGGGCAACAGAAUUGAUUAUUUUUGUCUGAGAAGUGUGGAAAUUGGUGUACUUUGCCUUUGAAUUGGAGUUUGAUUCGGUGGUGGGAAUUGUUCUUGUUAUUUUGGUAUAAUGAUUCGCUGGAUAGAUUAGCUGUGAUGCUAUCUCUUGCCCUUUAUCAUGUGCUUUAUUAUCUUGUUUUAUGCUGCUGAAUGGAUUUGAUAUGGGCAAUUGGCUACAGGGAGCUAUAUUAACACUUUCCAAAUUCCUUGGUGCCUAAUAAAUUAAUGAUUUGUAGACCAAGAUGCCUUGUUUUGGUUAUUAUACUCUGAAAUUGGGUUUGACUACAUCUGUGGCAUAAAUUGUUCGACAAACAAUACAGUGUUGAGACUAAUGAUGCGGGCAGUGUCACUGGCGAAGCUGGCCAGGCGAUACAGUCAACUUGGAUUAUAUGGGAAUCAAGUUCUUUCCCAGCACACAAUGGUUACUCGCUCUUCAGUUAACAGCCAAAGUGAUGCAGAUGUCGCAGAAUCAUGGGACAGCCAACUUGUUGAUCACGGACAUCACCGAGUGCUUCAGCAAACUGUUGGAACUUGGCAAGCACCGACAAUUGGAGAAAAGAUCUCAAGGACGGAGAAGAUUCAGAAUCUUGUGAAAGCACUCAACGAUCUCGAUAAUAACAAAGAAGCUAUUUACAGUACUCUUGAUGGCUGGGUUGCCUGGGAAAAGAAUUUCCCUAUAGGUCCUCUGAAGCAGGCUCUGCUUAGCCUUGAGAGAGAUCAACAGUGGCACAAAAUUAUUCAGGUUAUUAAAUGGAUGCUUAGCAAGGGACAAGGAAACACAAUGGGAACAUAUAGACAGUUGAUUCGCGCACUUGAUAUGGACCAUAGAGCGAAAGAAGCACAUGAAUUUUGGAUGAAGAAAAUCGGCUCUGAAUCCCAUUCAGUCCCUUGGGAGCUAUGCCAGUUGAUGAUCUCUAUAUACUACCGCAAUGACAUGCUGCAGGAACUCGUGAAACUAUUCAAGGGCUUGGAAUCGCUUGAUCGUAAACCACCAGAUAAGUCCAUAGUGCAGAAAGUAGCUGAUACAUAUGAGAAGUUGGGAAAACCUGAAGAGAAGGAAAGAGUAUUGGCCAAGUAUGCAGAACUGUUUGCUGCUGAACCCGAGAAAUCGAAACGCAAGAAAAAGCGAUAUAAGAAAAGAACAUCAGAUGAGAAUAAGGAAAACCCAUGAUGUCAUGAAGGUUUUAGGCAUUUGGCUGUUUACUAGAGUCUCAUCAAUAUCCUUAUUCUUCGACAACGGUGUUCAUAGUGAAAUUUUGCUUAAUUGCCAUCUUUGGGACUUAUGAUCAUGAAAAUCUCGAAAUGCAUAAUGGUUUGUUUGCUGUUGGCCCGUUGCAUUCCAUUUCGUCUGAAUCCAAUCCGAUUGCCAAAUGAUUAGUUCAACGGUAGAUACUUUGCCAUAUGUUAAUUUCAAAUAUUAUUUCAUUUGUAAUAUAGCUUCUGUCAUCACUUGGAUCCAUAAAAAUGAUUAAAUAUAAAAAACGAGAUAAAAAUAUCCUUGCUCUUGCCAAAAUUAAAGUAAAAAAAACAAUACUCUUUCUGUUCUAGAAAAAAUAGUCCAUAUUGAGUUUUCAAAUUUG